AUGUUCUGCACGAGCUCGAAGCUGAGCUCCAUUCCUGUCCAUCGACAUAUCGCCACUCGAAAGAACGCCGCUUGGGAGUUUUACCAGCUCUCGAGCCUGACCAUAUUAGCUACCUUGCCCGUAGGCCUUGUGAUCCCCAGCUCCUUUCUGAGUCUGCCGCUCAAUCUCGUGCUCGGAUUUGCCAUCCCCGUUCACACAUUCUACAACAUGCACCACGUCAUCGAGGACUACGUUCCCUCAGCCUACGUGAGGCUCUGCAACAUCCUGCUCUGGGUCGCAUGCGUUCUCACCUUCAUCGGCCUCCUCAAGCUGAAUCUGUAUGGAGAUGGCAUCCUCGACACCAUCAAAAGCUUCUGGAAGAAGGAAGAGCGAAAAUAA